CAGCUUGCCUCUUCCUCCUCCUCUUCCUCCUGGAGCUCUUCUUCGCCGCGAAGCGACGCCGGAAACAUGUCGUCGUGGGCACGUCGUUCGUGACCAUGAUGAUGAUGAUGACGAUGAUGAUGAAGGUGGUGGCGGCGGCGCCAGUAGAAGCGCGCCGGCCGCGCCUUCUUUAUGCCGAUCGGACGUACCACUGAGGCCAGCUUGGGUGUUUUUUUUUUAAAAUAUUUUAUUAUUAUUAUAAUUUAUUAUUAUUAUUUUUUGGGUCAUUCAGAAGAGCGUGCGCAAGCUGCGGACGAGCGGAGCGUCGGCGUCGUGAACACGCACGGUGAGAAGCGGCAAGAUGAUGUGCGAGGUGAUGCCCACCAUCAGCGAGGACACGGCGCCGAGCCAGCGCGGCUCGCAGAGCGGCUCGUCCGACCCGGACUCGCACUUCGAGCAGCUGAUGGUCAACAUGCUGGACGAGCGAGACCGCCUGCUGGACACGCUGAGGGAGACGCAGGAGAGCCUGGGCCUGUCACAGCAGCACCUGCAGGACGUCAUCUACGACCGAGACUCGCUGCAGAGGCAGCUCAGCUCCGCCCUGCCGCAGGAGUUUGCGGCCCUCACCAAGGAGCUCAACGCCUGCCGGGAGCAGUUGCUGGAGAAAGAAGAGGAGAUCUCUGAGCUGAAGGCGGAGAGGAACAACACCAGGCUGCUGUUGGAGCAUCUGGAAUGUCUGGUGUCCCGACACGAGCGCUCGCUGCGCAUGACGGUGGUCAAGAGGCAGGCGCAGUCUCCCUCGGGGGUCUCCAGCGAGGUGGAGGUCCUCAAAGCCCUCAAGUCCUUGUUUGAACACCACAAAGCCCUCGACGAGAAGGUGCGAGAGCGACUGCGCGUGUCGCUGGAGAGGGUGUCCGCCUUGGAGGAGGAGCUUACAGCAGCCAAUCAGGAGAUUGUGGCCUUACGCGAGCAGAAUGCUCACAUCCAGAGGAAGGUGGCGUCGGGCGACGGCGGCGACGACAUCCCGGAGGGCGGCGAGCCGCAGCAGAAGGUCCACGGCAAGCGCGUGUCCAAUGGCACGCUGGAGUCGGCGCGCGAGGCCGGCCAAGUGGUGGAGCUGCAGGACCUGCUGGAGAAGCAAAACUACGAGCUGGCACAGAUGAAGGAGCGCAUGUCCUCGCUGUCGUCGCGCGUCUCCGAGGUGGAGCAGGAGCUGGAGACGGCCCGCAAGGACCUCAUCAAGUCCGAGGAGAUGAACAACAAGUACCAGCGCGACAUUAAAGAGGCCAUGUGCCAGAAGGAGGACAUGGAGGAGCGCAUUGUGACGCUGGAGAAGCGCUACCUGAGCGCUCAGCGCGAGUCCACGUCGGUGCACGACAUCAACGACAAGCUGGAGAACGAGCUGGCCAACAAGGAGGCCUUCCUCAGGCAGAUGGAGGAGAAGAAUCGGCAGCUGCAGGAGAGGCUGGAAAUGGCCGAGCAGAAGCUCCAGCAGACCAUGCGCAAGGCCGAGACUCUGCCCGAGGUGGAGGCCGAGCUGGCCCAGAGGAUCGCGGCGCUCACCAAGGCGGAGGAGCGUCACGGAAACAUCGAGGAGCGUAUGCGCCACUUGGAAUGUCAGCUGGAGGAGAAAAACCAGGAGCUACUACGGGCUCGCCAGCGUGAGAAGAUGAACGAGGAGCACAACAAGCGUCUGUCGGACACGGUGGACCGGCUCCUCACCGAGUCCAACGAGCGCCUGCAGCUGCACCUCAAGGAACGCAUGGCGGCUCUGGAGGAGAAGAAUUUACUCAUCCAGGACUCGGAGGGCUACAGGAAGCAGUACGAGGAGUCCCUGCAUGAGAAGACGCAUUUGGCCAAGGAAAUCGAGAAGCUGCGGUCGGAGCUGGACCAGUUUAGAUUGAGGGCGGGAUCCCUCACAGACCCCACCCUGUCACGGUCUCACCUGGACACUUCCGGCGAGCUCCGAUUCUCCCUGGGCUCCCUGGCCGAGACCCAGUCGGACCACUACCACUCGGCCAAGGUUGUACGGAGGCCCAGGCGAGGUCGGGUGGGCCUGCGGGAAACCAAGGCCAAGUCUCUGGGCGAGCAAGAGUGGCGCUCGCAGCAGUUGAGCGUGGUGGGCGGCACCCACCAGUUUGAGAGCGACACGGAGAUGUCCGACAUGGACGAUGACGACCGGGAGACGCUCUUCGGCUCCGUGGACCUCCUCUCGCCCGGCGGCCACUCCGACGCGCAAACCUUGGCCUUGAUGCUUCAGGAGCAGCUGGACGCCAUCAACAAGGAGAUCCGGCUGAUCCAGGAGGAGAAGGAGUCAACGGAGCUGCGUGCCGAGGAGAUCGAGAGCCGCGUGGCUAGCGUCAGCCUGGAGGGUCUCAACCUGGCCCGCGUGCACCACCACCACGGGGCCUCCAUCACCGCCUCGGCCACCGCCUCCUCCCUGGCGUCCUCCUCGCCGCCCAGCGGCCACUCCACGCCCAAGCUGGACCCCCGCAGCCCGGCCCGGGACAUGGAGCGGAUGGGGGUCAUGACGCUGCCCAGCGAUUUACGGAAACACAGGAGAAAGAUAGCGGCGGUGGAGGAGGACGGGCGCGAGGACAAGGCCACCAUCAAGUGCGAGACGUCGCCGCCCGCCACGCCGCGCACCGUCCGGAUGACGCACACCCUCCCGGCAUCCUCGCACAACGACGCGCGAGGCAUGGCCGCCGCCCUGGAAGCGGAAGGCACCCUGAGCAGCGUGGCCAGCAGCCAGGACUCGCUGCACAAGCAGCCCAAAAAGAAGGGCAUCAAGUCGUCCAUCGGCCGCCUCUUCGGCAAGAAAGAGAAGGGCCGGCUGGCGCACCUGCCGCACAGACACGUCAUGGUGGAUCCGCAAGCCACCGUGAUGGACCCGGACGUGGGGGGCCAGGACGCGGGGCCGGGCAAGCUGGGCACGCAGGCCGAGAAGGACCGCCGCUUGAGAAAGAAACAUGAGCUGCUGGAAGAAGCCAGGAGGAAGGGCUUACCGUUCGCUCAGUGGGACGGACCCACCGUGGUGGCCUGGCUGGAGCUGUGGCUGGGAAUGCCAGCCUGGUACGUGGCGGCGUGUCGCGCCAACGUGAAGAGCGGCGCCAUCAUGUCGGCGCUGUCCGACACGGAGAUCCAGCGUGAGAUCGGCAUCAGCAACCCCCUGCACAGACUCAAACUGCGGCUGGCCAUCCAGGAGAUGGUCUCCCUCACCAGCCCGUCGGCGCCCCCUACCUCCAGAACUCCGUCAGGCAACGUAUGGGUGACCCACGAGGAGAUGGAGACCAUGGCGGCCCCUUCCAAAACGAAAUCCCAGUCUGAAGAGGGGAGCUGGGCACAGACGCUCGCUUACGGCGACAUGAACCACGAGUGGAUCGGCAACGAGUGGCUGCCCAGUCUCGGACUACCUCAGUACCGCAGCUACUUCAUGGAGUGCCUGGUGGACGCGCGCAUGCUGGACCACCUCACCAAGAAGGACCUGAGGGUGCACCUCAAAAUGGUGGACAGCUUCCACAGGACAAGUUUACAAUACGGCAUCAUGUGUCUGAAGAAGCUCAACUACGACAGGAAAGAGCUGGAACGGCGGCGGGAGAGCAGCCAGCACGAAAUGAGAGACGUUCUGGUGUGGAGCAACGAGCGGGUGGUCCGCUGGGUGCAGAGUAUCGGCCUGCGGGACUACGCCGGCAUCCUGCACGAGAGCGGCGUGCACGGAGCGCUGGUCGCCCUGGACGACAACUUUGACUACAGUAGCCUGGCACUCCUCCUCCAGAUCCCCAACCAAAACACUCAGGCCCGUCAGAUUCUGGAGCGCGAGUACAACAAUCUGCUGGCGCUGGGCACCGACCGGCGGCUGGACGAGUGCGACGACAAAGACUUCCGAGGUCCUUCGUGGAGGAGGCAGUUCCCGCCGCGGGACGUGCACGGCAUCAGCAUGAUGCCCGGCUCGGCCGAGACUCUGCCGGCCGGCUUCCGUCUCACCGCCACGUCGGGCCGCUCGCGGAGGCUCCCGCCCGACGUCCUUUACGAGGCGCUGGACGACAGCGCCGAGGACGUGUAUUCGGAUUGGUUCUCAGCGGGCGCCUCGGUGGUCCAGCGUCUGGACAGCUCCACGGUGAGAACCUACUCGUGCUGAGAGAUACGAGAUGGACCGCUGCCCAGUUCUGAACGGAUCCACCGAAUCGGGGGCACGCGUGUGCGUGUGUGGGGGCGAGGUCCGGUGUGUCGGGGGGGCUACGCCAUUGGGACAACCUCGCACUGCCAAGAAGCCCUUCGUUGCUCCGACUCGCGCCCCCCUACCCCCGCCCACCCCACCCACUCACCAUAAUCCCCCCGCCACCCUACAAAUGUGGGCGCCAGCCAGCCGUCGCCUCCGGUGCUAAACUAUCCCGCAGCAGGCUCGUCGCCAUUUCCCUCAAACGUACUGUGUAUUAAAGUAGGUUGUAUAUAUAUAUAUAGAUAUAUAUAUAUAUAGAUUUAUAUAUAGAUAUAUAUAGAUUUAUAUGUAUAUAU